UUUUUCGUCUGUUCUUUCUCUCAUUCUAUCCAUUGUCCCUCGUUCUACCGACCCCCGUUCACCGUCUCUGCCAUUUCUUGGUCUCGAAGUCCAUACACCGUUGCUCCUCUCUUCCCAACCACCACAAUGGCCACCACAGCUAGCUCACCUUCGGCCACCCCGAGUCCAGUUUUCCCUCGCAGCCAUGUCGGUUUCGACAGCAUCACUUCUCAAAUUGAACGGAAGCUUUUGAAGCGUGGUUUCCAGUUCAAUGUGAUGUGCGUCGGUCAAACCGGUCUAGGAAAAUCCACUCUUGUCAACACCAUUUUCGCUUCCCACCUGAUCGAUUCCAAGGGUCGUUUGGCUCCCAAUGAACCUGUCCGCUCGACCACCGAAAUCCAGGCCGCCUCUCACAUCAUUGAGGAAAAUGGCGUUCGUCUCAGGCUCAACAUUGUCGACACUCCCGGCUACGGUGAUCAGGUCAACAAUGACAGAUGUUGGGACCCAAUUGUGAAAUACAUCAAAGACCAGCACUCCGCAUAUCUCCGAAAGGAGCUUACCGCUCAGCGUGACCGCUACAUCCAAGAUACCCGUAUCCACUGCUGCUUGUUCUUCAUUCAGCCAUCUGGCCAUGCCCUCAAGCCAAUCGAUAUCGUUGUCCUGAAGAAGCUGUCGGACGUCGUCAACGUUGUUCCAGUCAUUGCCAAGGCUGACUCGCUCACCCUCGAGGAGCGCCAAGCGUUCAAGGAGAGAAUCAAGGAAGAAUUUGCCUUCCACAACCUGAAGAUGUACCCGUAUGAUAAUGACGAGCUCGAUGAUGAAGAGCGGGCCGUCAAUGUUCAAAUCAAGGACAUCAUUCCAUUCGCCGUUGUUGGCAGUGAGAAGACCAUUGUUGUCAAUGGCCAGCAGGUCCGUGGCCGACAGAACCGCUGGGGCGUGAUCAACGUUGAGGACGAAAACCACUGCGAAUUCGUCUACCUGCGAAACUUCCUUACCCGCACCCAUCUUCAAGACUUGAUCGAAACGACGAGCCAGAUCCACUACGAGACCUUCCGUGCUAAGCAGCUCCUAGCUCUAAAGGAGAGCAGCGCAGCUGGUGGCCACAGUGCUGGCAGCCGGCCCAUCAGCCCCUCUGCCGACAGAGAGCUCAGCCGUAACUCGCAACGGGGGGCCAUGAACGGCUACUAAUUGUCGCAAAAGCUAUCAACUUGAGAAUGAUUUCCGAUGUUUGGUGUAGCAAGCGUUUAAUUCAGAUCGUUGACAAAUGAGUCAAAAAGGCAGCCAACUAACUGAAAGGCAGUCUCAGGUCUAUUUUUCUUUUCCUUUCCCCACCCAUAACACCAAAUCCACGCCGCGGGUCUUGCAGAUAUCCACUUUAACUUUGAUGUUUCUUUCUUCGUACUGGUUUCUUUCAUUUCAUCCUCUCCCAUUUGGAGAAUGACUGGGCUUUCCUCGUUUCCUUAGACUUGUUGAUUGCAGGCGGAAAAUACUAGCAUUGAGAAAUGCGGAUGCCGUCUUGUCGUUUCAUGUACUUAAUUUCCUUAAUUCUCAAUCACGAGGGAAAUAUUUCAUACUAUUGGGAAUUGAUGUCCCUACCUAGCUACGCAUGGAGCAUAAUAUUGUAGGGUCUAUAAUCAGUAACUCCACCUCU